AAGAACCAUUUUUGGUAGCAGACAAGUUUAAUCAUGAGAUACAAGAUCAGUUACUUUGUUUUUCUUCUGUUCAAAAUUUGUCUGUUCUCAGAAAAGACAAAUUAGAAAAUAAUCAAACAAUUUUAGAGCAACAAGUUAUUUAUGAAAAGCUUUAUGAAAUAUAUAAAAAGGCUCUUUCUAAAGCAUUACAAAAAUGUAUAAAGUCUCAUCAAUUAAUUUGUUUACUUCAAGAAUUUGUUGAUAUGAGUGAUGAAUCAGAUUUGGACA